AUGCAAGAUCUGUGGCUAGAUAGAGUGUCAUGGGACGAACAAUUGUCACCAUCACUCAUUCACAAAUGGACUGGAUACCGCGAGGAUCUUCAAAACAUCGAAUCCAUCCACAUUCCACGCUGGAAUAAUAUUGCACCUGGAGCAACAAUAGAUGCUGAUGAGAAUACAAAGGUCUCACUUUUGUGUUCAAAAACGCAAGUAGCACCGCUGAAGACCAUGACAAUUCCACGCUUGGGAUUAUCUGCUGCAUGCAACCCGCUGGAAGACAUUCGCAAUAAAGUGGAAAAAAUCCAAGAAACGCUUCGAGAUGUCUCCUGGAAAUUUAUUCCAGGAAAGCAAAACCCCGCUGACUGCGCUUCAAGAGGUAUACCAACGCUAAAACUAAAGCAACACGCUCUCUGGUGGCAUGGACCGACUUGGAUUCAUGAACCAGAAUCCUCUUGGCCCACUCUGGAGCCUCCAGCUGACAACGCAACGCAUCGAAAAGAACGACAAGUUCUGACAUUAGUAACUUGGAAAGCAGAAAACUGCCUGCUCCAACAAUUACUAUCGCAUUACACGCAGCUGUUUCCAUUGCUACGGAAGCUCAGCAUCUGGUAUCGUGUCAUCGACCGCUUCAAAAGAGUUCCACAAUCUUCGCUGGCCUACCCGCUUACUCCAUCAGACCUGGAGCGCGCUAAAUUGACCUUGAUUAAGUUCACUCAAGGACAAUACUUCACUAGAGAGAUUCACACGCUUCAAGAUGGUGAUGGUCUGCCGAUAAAUAACUGCGUCACCAAGCUGACUCCGUUCAUCGACCAUCAGGGGGUCCUGAGAGUCGGUGGCCGCUUGAAAAACGCAUUGCUGGACCCAGAAGAAAAGCAUCCAGCGAUCUUACCACGACAGUCACCGCUUACAGAAAUCUUGAUUGAUGAUUCGCACCGCAAAACGCUUCACGGAGGUACUCAGCUUACGCUCGCUGACUUACGCAAGAGUGCCUGGAUCAUUCGAGGCCGUGUUUCAGUCAGAUCAUUCAUAUAA